AUGGAUACACCAGAUCCAUCUACAUUGAAUUUAUCCAACAAUGGUGACAUGUAUAUCAGUAUAGAGAAAUGUCAACAAAAAAAAGAAUCAGAAUAUCUUGAUAGAGAAGAGAGAAAUAUUAGACGUGAAGAAGAUAAACGGCGAUUUGAGGCCGAGCGUAAAGCAAAAGAAGCUGAGCGUGAAGUCGAACGUCUAGAAAAAGAAGCUGAACGUGAGGAAGAGAGACGGUGUUUUGAGGGCAGAGAGCGUCUUGAAAAAGAAGCCGAACAGGGGAAACUUAAAUUAGCCAAUGGUAAUUCUGUGCCUGUCAUUACAAGUAGCUGUACAAUUGAAUCAUUAGAAGGUGAACGUCAAUUGGAUCUGAAACUAGGAUAUGUUGGUAAUCAAGAGGUGAAAGUUCUUAGAGACACUGGUUGCGAGUUAGCAGUAGUUAGAAAGAAGUUAGUGGAAGAAGAUCAAAUGCUGAAUAAAAAUUGUGUCAUGAUAGCAAUAGAUGGUCGGGCCAGGGUGUACUUGAUAAGCCAAAUGAGAAGUGGGUUAGCCGAGAAAGUAACAAACAUAGCUGCUGUUGUUACUAGAGCACAGGCCGAAAAAGAGAAGAAAGCAAUGAAACCUCUUAAAGUUCCAAAGGUCGAAGAUAAUGAAAUUACGGUAGAUGUUCUUAAGAAAGAACAAUCAAAUGACAAUACGUUACAGCGUUUGUGGCAGUAUGCUAAGGAAAAUAAGAUCAUGAAAAAAAAAGCGAAAGCUGUUGCUUUACCAAGAAUUGAGACUGAAAAUAUAGCUGAAGCAUUGUUAGAUAUUUUUGCAAGAGUAGGUUUCCCAUCGGAAAUACUUAGUGGAUAG